AUGCUGGACUUAGAAGGUUUACUAGGUUUGGUGCAAAUACUUAUGCCAGAUAUUGCAAGCCUAGUGGGGCAAGCGUCAAUCAACGAUAGUAGAAGCAAUAGCGAUAGCGACGGUCAACCCCUAGGACUCGACCUAUUCGAGAUCGUUGGCGACUUGGGAGACUCAUUGGAUUCAUUAUUUGACCUCAUUCCUUCUAUAGGCGAAUUAUUCCCAAUUGAGGAAGAAGAUAUUCUCGUCAAAAAACUGCAUGAAAAGGUUCAGCUAUCCCCUGUUCAAAUUUAUGGCGCUGCGACAAAAUCAUAUAGGAUAGACAUCCGGAACAAGUUUCCAAAAAUUAAUGACCACCUAAUCGAAACUCUGGCCGAGUUAAACUGGGAACGAGUUGAAAGAAUUCGCAGCCGGAGGUUCGCGGAAAAGAACACCCUCACCCAAGAGACCAAAGAUCAAAAAUCAUAUGAAAGAAUACUCCCGGACCCUGUAACAGGCGAUUCGAACUCCAUCCCUCGGGAUUCUCUAGGCUCAUCAGAAAUAGACCCCCUUCUGGAAUUUGCGUCAGAAGCACCAGCCUCAACAUCAACAACUUCAACUGGCCGCACCUUGAACCCCAUACCUAGCGGCAAAACGCCUAUACCAAAAUCACGCGAUUAUCUAGCUAGUCUCAGGCCAUAUAGCUGCCUAUUCAACUAUUGUCCAUGGAAAUCUACCACAUAUGCUAGAAGAGAUGACUGGUUAGCGCACGAGUUUGAGCAUCACCGGCCACAUAAUGCCUUCGAAUGGCACUGUAGUGAUAAAUGUGCUAAGGUUUUCAGAGAGAGGGAGGAGUUUAUACGCCACAUCCUAGAGGAUCAUCUAGAAGGAGCAGUCAUCGCAUCCGAUAUCGACGAUAUUGUAGAAAAUCGCAAAGUUAAAAUACCAAAGGCUGGCAACGACCGGAUCUCCUGUCCCUUUUGUUGUGAAGUUAUCCCGGAGACCAAGGAAUCCAUCGAACUUCAUAUUGGAACACAUAUGGAUGAUAUAGCUCUUAUGGCAUUGUCGGCAAGCAUCGAGGAUGAAUGCAAUAAAUCCACUAAACAUGAGAGCAGUGAUUACAAAAGUCUCCCUACACCCCACUCGAUCAAUCAGUGUUCUCCCAGCUUGCAGCAAUCUCAACCAAUAUUCAAUAAAGUCACAGUCAGUACUUCACAAACGCUCACCAGUAUACCUGCCAUGGAUGCUUCAAUAACUCCUAGCCCAUUUCCAAUUUUACUCCCCAGGGCGUCGGCGUACUCCUUGACGCUAAAUCAAGAGGACAAUAAUAAGGAUCCUCUAAAUCCUAAAUGCACAGGCACCGAUAUACUAUCCAACCCACCCACACAAGCUGGACACCAAGCACAUGAUGCUGCAGCAGAAAUCUCCCUCUCCAUCCAUGGCACCCCCGGUCUCGUCUUGGCGCCGUACGAGCCGUCCGAGCGGUCCGCAUAA